GAAGAAUUUCCAUGGAAUCAGAAAGAUUGUUUUUAAUGUUUUUUCACAUAACGGCUUGGGGAGUACCUUUUGUGAUCACUGUGGUUGCUUAUUUCUUCAACGGAGUUCAAUUAUUGGCAGACCUUGAAACUGGAUACAAGUGCUGGAUCCGGAAUGAAAAAACUUGGAAGGCAAUGUGCAUCUGGACAACUAUUACAGGAGAGGGCUGGGCCAUCAUGACAUACAUCACCAUGACUGUGUUCUACCUACUGGUCAAGCAGCACAUAAGAAGAGAGCUGAAGUCAAGAUUUUCUCCAGGAAGCACAUUUUUAACAUGGAAAUCCGCUCAUGUUGCAAGAAUGAUAGACUGCAAAUUAACAUUUAUUCCCAUAAUAUUUAUCGUGGAGCGUAUUUGGGGCACCAUACGAUUUUUCCUCCUUGUAACACAUUUUCACAAUCAUGGAAAGGAAAAUUUUACUUUACAGUGGCUUGAAAUUCUUCAUGGUAUUGGGAUUAACAGCCAAGGAUUUACAAAUUUCAUCUUGUUUGUCUGGUGUACCACAAAGAUAAGAGAAAAGUUAAUAAUGGGAUGUGUUCAUUGCUUGUCACUUUUUUGCAGAUAUCAUAAAAGAGAUCAACCAGUAAUUAGCAGAGAGAGGUUUUUUAAAACAUUUAAUGAUGAAUAGAUACUGUCAGUGCUCAUGCUCUGUAGUUGCCUAAAUUACAUUAUAUACUUGUCAUUUAGUUAUAUAUAUGAGUUCUUUUCCAAGAACUAACAAUUAUGACAAAUGUGUAGUUACUGGAAUUUUUCACAGUUGUUUGGUUAGAACAAAAAUUCUUUUUUCCUCUUAAUUGGAGUAUGUUAUUAUUAUU